AUGUUGAGAAAUAACACCCGCCAGGGCGUUUCGGGCGUAAGGCACCCGCCGGACGUUUAUAGGGGCGCGUAUUUUGUCCGCCCGGCGUCCGUCAUAUCGACGACAAGCGCUGAAGAAGUGGUCGACUCUGAAGACAAUGAAUCAAAUGAUGGCAUCGAUUGGCAUAUUAAUGAUGAGAUAGUCAUUGGAAGUGAUGCCGAAGACAAUGAGGACAACAAUCAUAUGAAUGAAGACUUAAAUAAUAAAACUAAAGAAUUAAAUGAAGAAAUAAAUUGCGUUUCAAGUGAUGAGACAAUCAUUGGAAGUGAUGGCGAAGACUAUACCAGAGAUGAGAUACAAAGUGAUUCCGAAACUGAUUUGAAGCCAAAAUCAAUCAAAAAGUGUUCAAAAGGUGUGAAACGAAAGCAUAAAUUAAACAAAAGUAAAAAUAUUGCGAAGAAAACAAAGACAAACAAAAACAAAUCCAAAGACAAUAAGACAGGGCUUAAGACAGACAACGAUUCCAAAGUAUACCGAAACCCGGAUUACGAGCGAAACUAUAUCUGUCAUCACAAGGACUGUCGUAUGGAUUAUAUAUCGCUCUCAGACCUAAGGAGACAUUACAAGAAUACUAAACACUUAGACCACCGAUGGUUCUGUAAAAUAGACGGCUGUUCACAACAUUUUUCGUCCGAACGUAGGCUUAAAGAGCACACAAAACACACGUCUGGACAGCCGUUCACGUGUUGGCACUACGGCUGCGACUUUGAGGCCAUAACACGGGAUGUGUUUGACAUUCACACCGACACCCACUCCACCGAUGAUCUGUUCCGUGGCGUAGCCUUUGCAUCAGUGAAGCCACAGUUUGUGUGCCAACACAUGGGUUGCGGCAAACGAUUCCCGCAAUAUAAUCAGUUGAAGAGUCAUAUGAUUACACAUUCGGGCGCCCAAUACCGGUGCGAAGUGGACGGCUGUGCGGCUAUAUUUCCGCACCCAAUGUAUCUGAAGCAUCACGUGGCCCGAGCGCACCGAUCGGACUGCCGGUGCUCUUAUGGCGGCUGUGAAUUCGCCACCGGAACCCCAUACCUAUUAUCCAUACACGAGCGCACCCAACACUUAGCUGCCAAACGGUUCCCGUGUUCAGUGACCGGUUGUCCCAAACGGUAUAAUAUUAAACGGCAGUUAAAUGCACAUCACCUGCGCGUACACCCGGAAGCGCUGCCUGACAUGCCGUGGCUCGAGUGCCCGCACUGUCAGUAUAGGAUUAAACACAGGCCCGAUAUGGCCGCACACGAGGCCACCAAUCAUAAAAAGACCUAUCCGUGCGAUGAGUGCGGCAAAUGUUUUCUAUACAUAUCAUAUUUGGAAAAUCAUCGGAUGUGUCACAACCCGGAGCUGAAAAAGCUCUGCGAAUGGCCCGGUUGUGACCGUCGGUUUCCUUCAGACGCCGCUAUGAGAUUACAUAUGCAGUCACAACACGCGGACACUACUCCAGCAUAUCAGUGCCAAUGGCCCGGUUGUGAUAAAGCAUAUUCACAUCCAACUUCACUGGCUAUGCACGAGAGACGUGUCCACAAAGGAGUGGCCGAACAUCGGUGCCAUUGGCCCGACUGUCACUAUCAGACCACUAAUCGGGUCCGACUUCACAGUCAUAUCAAUGGCCACAAGGGUUUGAAGGCUUACCAGUGCUCUCAUCCGGGAUGUGAUUAUGAGAGCAAAAGACAGCGAUUGCCAUCCAUUCAGACCAUCACAACAGCUGUUCGUCCAUUCAUUGACACCACUCUAUACCACACAGUUGUCCAACACGUCAACACAUCCGCCGCCACCGACACUAUGAGUAGUGAUCUUCACACGGAUUCCGUGUCCGACAGUCACGGCCUCGAAGGCGGCGAUCAGGAGAUCGACGACCAGUUUGUGGACGAAGAGGCGCUCAAAGAGAAGGACAUUUCGCCGCAAAAUGACGGCAAACUCAUCAAACAGUUGCUCAAAGAGGGCAAAGGUUGGGAUAACCCGAAGAAUGGCGACAAAGUGAUGGUCCACUACACGGGACAGCUGUUGGACGGAACGGUGUUUGACUCUUCGCGCGAUCGUAACGAACAGUUCUCGUUCACAGUUGGGGCCAAACAAGUGAUCGAAGGCUGGGAUAUAGCCGUGAAGACGAUGAAGCGGUCAGAAGUGGCGAAGUUUACGAUAGCGCCGGAGUUGGCGUACGGAGAGACGGGCGCCGGACCGAAGAUACCGCCCAACUCGACGCUCGUCUUCGAGAUCGAACUCUUCGAUUGGAAACUCGAGGACAUCACCAAAAAGAAGGAUUCGGGCGUUUGUAAGCGUAUUCUCGUCGACGGUGAGGGCUAUGAGACACCAAAUCUCGGCGCCACUUGUGAUAUCCAUUUGGUGGGCAAAUACGACGGCAAAGUGUUUGAGACCCGAAACGUGACGUUUUCUGUUGGCGAGGCCUCCGAGGAAGGGAUUGUCGACGGCGUUGAACUCGCCAAGGACAUUUCGCCACAAAAUGACGGCAAACUCAUCAAACAGUUGAUCAAAGAGGGCAAAGGUUACCACCGAUUCAUCUCUUUGUCUCCCGUAUUGUCUCUCUCUAUCUGUACUGACAGCCCAUGUUGGGAUAACCCGAAGAAUGGCGACAAAGUGAUGGUCCACUACACGGGACAGCUGUUGGACGGAACAGUGUUUGACUCUUCGCGCGAUCGUAACGAACAGUUCUCGUUCACAGUUGGAGCCAAACAAGUGAUCGAAGGCUGGGAUAUAGCCGUGAAGACGAUGAAGAGGUCAGAAGUGGCGAAGUUUACGAUAGCGCCGGAGUUGGCGUACGGAGAGACCGGCGCCGGACCGAAGAUACCGCCCAACUCGACGCUCGUCUUCGAGAUCGAACUCUUCGAUUGGAAACUCGAGGACAUCACCAAAAAGAAGGAUUCGGGCGUUUGUAAGCGUAUUCUCGUCGACGGUGAGGGCUAUGAGACACCAAAUCUCGGCGCUACUUGUGAUAUCCAUUUGGUGGGCAAAUACGACGGCAAAGUGUUUGAGACCCGAAACGUGACGUUUUCUGUUGGCGAGGCCUCCGAGGAAGGGAUUGUCGACGGCGUUGAACUCGCCGUACGGAAGAUGAAGAAGGGAGAGAAGUGCGAAGUUGUGGUCAAACCUCAGUACGCCUUCGGACCCAACGGCCGCUCGGAGUUCAACAUUCCGGCCAACUAUGAAGAAGUGGUGUUUGAGAUAACGUUAAACAAGUUUGAAAAGGCAAAGGAAACCUAUCAGAUGGACAACAAUGAACGCGUCGAACAGGCAUUGCUCGUCAAGACUAAGGGCACCAAAUACUUCAAG